CUACGCUACUAGCGCCCAGCUUUAAAGGAGGGGAUGCACUAAACGCGAGGGCUUGUCAAACAUCCUCCUGCGCCCCCCACCCCCAGCCACCACUUUGCCGCCCAGAGAGAUUAGCGACCGGAGUUGACAUUAUUUCGGACACCGAUUGAUCGGCGCGCCGGAUGGCCCUGCUCCUGCUGCACUCGGGCGUGUCUGUCGAGCCCCUCUCGAACAGGGCCUCACGGACGUUGGAAAGGGAGAAGGUGCGGAAUCAGGGUUAAACGUCUGCGGGAAGGGCGCCAACAUGCGGGUCCUUUCAGCCGGCCCAGCAUGCUCUGCCGGUGGCUCAGAGACAGCGGUCUCGCCGACAGCCAAGAAGCGCCGAAAGUCGUACGCGAGGCGGACAUGCCAGUCGUGCCGGGCGCGAAAGCAGCGGUGCGAGUUCCCAGAGGCAUCCCUCCUCAUCGCGCCGUCGGACGAAGCGCUGCAGGAGCAUCUGGCGUGUUCGCGAUGUCGUGCUCUCGAUGUGCCCUGUCUACUCAACGACUUUGAGCGCGGGGCACGGCUCGAAGUAGAAAGAGAUGGGCAGGCUCCGGAGGGACAGGCUGCACCACAACGAAGGCGGCGCUCACGAGCGAAAGUACGAGGACCACCGGCCGAGCAAGGGGAGUUAAACGGUGCGGGGAACAAAGACGAAAGUCAGCCUAAUGAAGAUGUAGCCAAUGAUCAGUUACGGAAGCUGGCGGACGUGCAUCCAAAGGACGUAGAUCAGGUGGAAGAAUUCUUUAACAGAAGGCGUCCGAUCACUAUCCUGGUCGAACUCGUCAGCCGACAGCCCAAAUUUGGGACAGCCUUACGCGACUCUGUCGCAAUGGAAGACCUCGUCGAUGACGAAAUGAGUCAGGCCAUGUCCGACUGGACAGAGAAGGAGGUUGUCCUAUGGCUUCCAUUCAUGCCCUCGCCCUGGUCUGUGCGGCUCACACGCAGGCAGGGGCAGCCUCAGCAGUCCAAGGUGGAUCUCGUCGCGCUCGAGCUGCUCGAAGUGGUGCAGUACGCAGUGGCAGCACAGCACAUGGCCCAAGUCGACGGCCCUCUUCGAAGAAGCAUUACGAUGGCGGCGCAGUCCGUCGUUGAAAACCGACUGGGUCCGUUGAUGCUUUCCUCGCCGAGCUCUGUGGAGGCCGCACAGGCGCUCCAGCUCCUGGCUGCCUUCCCAGUCGUCUUUGGCGACCCCGGCCCCAUGGCAGGAAUCGCCAAGCGCAUGUCACUGGCGAGCCAAAGGACCGCCAAUCUCAACUACAAGUUCCGCGACGGCACCUUUGCCGACAUCGAGGCCGAUCUCGAGAGCUACGUCUUCUUCUGCAGUGCCUGCGUAUGGGACGACGUGUACUCGUACGGAAGCGACGACUACUUUGUGUUUCACAAGUCCGAUUGGCUACUCAAGGAGACCAAGAUCAUCGAACAUCUGGAGGAGCUCUCUCGUCGUCAAACAAGGAGGGGUAGAGAAGGAGGCGCAGGAGAGAGAAGAAGGAAUCUGGGCAAGAUGUGCGUUCUACUCCGGGCGCUCUGCAUGGCGUAUGCUGCCAAGAGCUGGGUCAGCACCGAUUCCAUCGAGAUGGGUGGCGACCCCGUUGCUCGGACUCGGCAGCUGGACGUGUGCCUAGAGGCCUGGCAGUACGACAUGAGCUUGUUCCGCGCCCGGCUGGAGCAACACCUGGGCAGCGAUGGACGCGGUCAGGAGUCCGUUGCCGACGACGACGAGCGCCGGUGUAGACAAAGAAUGCUCGACUGGCUGAUCGUCGAGUCGUCUACGGCACACCUCACCGUCAGCGCAAAAGUCUUUGUGCGAGCAUGCGAGGCUGACAUCACACCCAACUACAUCCGUAAUCUCAUCUUUGGCAUAGAUGUCCACGACGCUGUCCGACUUUUUUCCUUCAAGCAUGGCGAUCCUCGCAUGGACGCCUGCGAGACAGUCAUGGCCACGAUGACGCGCAUGGCCACAUUAGCUACCGAGCAGGGGGCCAGGGCUCAGGACAAGGAUCACAGUCUGUACCCCUCUGCUCUUGCCUCUGGCUACCUCCUUCAGGCGGCUACGCUGGCCAUGGACAUGUUUAGCACCAGUCUCAAGUUCUUCAAGAGCAUGCCCCGAAGAGCCGACUCGUGGCGACUGGCCUUUGGCGGUGCCGUGCGCUUCGCCGAGGCGCUGACACGCACCCCGAUCGAGGAGGGCGGCACUGCAGCUGCCUCGGCCAAGCUUGUCGCAGGCAUGCUCGACAUCAUUGCCAUCUGGGAGCGCGCCCUGAUGGCCUCGCGCGUGGCUGGCGGCGUCACACCCUCGUCCUCGGCGACUGCAGCCACUGGCGGCCGAUCUGCGGGCACCACGAGCAGCAGCGAUGGACGUGAUGUGCAUCACAUACCCGCGCCCACUGCUGCUGCUGCUGCUGCUGCUGCUCCUCUUUCAGCAUCGACGGACUACACCUCCGGCGGGAGCAGCGACACGCCAGCGACGACUGCGCCGCCUCAGUCCAUCUUCGACAGCCUCGAGCCCAACGAGUGGAGCCAGUUCGGCACGCUUCCCUCGUCCGAUGGCAUCCACGCCACGCUCUGGAACACGGACACGCUGCAAACGAUGAUGAACGACGUCUUUGGACGGACGGACUGGGGCGAUGUCCUCGCCGAGCUCGAGGGCGAGAACCUGUCGAUGUUUCCGGGCCUAGCCUCAUAGGCACCGCUUGCUCUUUCUCACAGGCACCGCUUGCUCUCUCUCAUAGUCACCGCUUGCUUCUUCUCUCAGUCACCGCCUCUUCUUUCACCCUGGGAUCGCUGUUUCAGCUCUCACGCUUUCUCUGUACUGUACAGUAGUGUAGCACCUCGGUCCGGCUGAGCAAUGGACCGGGAGCCGUUCCGUCCGAUUAGACUCGAAAGUGGCAGCGCGUGUGGAGGCCUGCGCGCGCGAGGGGACCGGCUUCUUCAGCCUAAUUU